GCAGUGUGUGAGCUGUUCCUGUUGCUCCAAACUAUCCAGAACAAACUCCAGAAUGAGUUCUUUAUUUCGUAGUGAGGAGAUGUGUCUCGUGCAGCUGUUUUUUCAAACCGAAUCGGCUCACAAUUGCAUCAGUGAACUUGGGCAUCUUGGAUUGGUUCAGUUUAAAGAUCUGAAUCCUGGUGUAGCGGCAUUUCAGAGGCGAUUUGUGAAGGAAGUGAAGAAAUGUGAAGAAAUGGAGAGAAUUCUGAGGUAUCUUGAGAAGGAGAUGGUGAAAUCUAAUAUUGUAAUUGCUGCAACAAAGGAGAAGGAGAUGGUUCCCUGUGCCAGAGAUGUUCUGGAGUUUGAGUCCACAUUUGAGAAGUUGGAGCAGGAACUGCGAGAAAUCAACCGUAACCAUGCUGCACUCAGACAGAACCUCAUUGAGCUGAUGGACAUUGACUCUCUGCUGAGGAUGACUGAAGACUUCUUUGAAGAGGCCGAGUCGCUGCUAACCUACUCUGAGCCUCCCUCUGAAGACUCAGUGUCUAUGACCGUCUCAUCACACAUAACCAGCCGCAGAAACAGCAACUCCAGCACCUCUGGAGCUCUACAUCUUAGCUUCAUUGCAGGUGUGAUCAAACAAGACAGGUUUCCUGCUUUUGAAAAGGUUCUUUGGCGCCUUUUUCAUGGAAAUUUCGUCCUUCGGCAUGCUGAGAUGCAGGCCACUGAGGAACUCCAAGCGUUGAGGGGAGCUGUGAAGAAGGACGUGUUCAUUAUAUUUGUCCAGGGAGAUCAUGUGCGAGAAAAAAUCAGAAAAGUGUGUGAAGGAUUUCGUGCCAGCUUGUACUCAUGCCCCAAAACUCUGUAUGAACGCAAGCAAAUGAGCAACAGCGUAAUGACACAAAUGCAAGAUCUUCGAAUGAUCCUGAGAAGAACUGAAGAAUAUCGUGCCGGUGUCUUGACGCGAGCAGCGGAGCACGUCCAGGAGUGGAGCAGUAAAGUGAAGAAGAUGAAGGCCAUCUACUACACCCUCAAUCUCUGCAACAUAGACAUCACGCAGAAGCUGAUCGUGGCAGAGAUCUGGUGUCCUGUGUCAGAUCUCACUUUAGUACAAAGUGCCCUGAUUAAGGGAUCUGAGCAGAGUGGAUCCAGCGUGACUCCAGUACUGAACCGAAUCCAAACCCAGCAAACUCCACCAACCUUCAACAGAACCAACACAUUUACUGAGGGAUUCCAGGCUAUUAUUGACGCCUAUGGGGUCGGUACUUAUCAGGAGAUCAAUCCAGCUCCAUACACUAUUGUAACCUUCCCUUUCCUGUUUGCGGUGAUGUUUGGAGAUUGUGGUCAUGGACUUGUGAUGACGCUGUUUGCAGUCUGGGUCACUUCACAAGCUGAAUCUUUACGAAAGUGGAAAAAUGAGCUGACAGAUGUUGUGAUCGGGGGACGCUAUAUUAUCCUGCUCAUGGGAAUGUUCUCCAUAUACACUGGCCUGAUUUACAACGACUGCUUCUCCAAGUCCUUCAACAUCUUCGGCUCUUCCUGGAGUGUUCGGCCCAUGUUUCAUCCUCACGGGCCUUGGCAAAAUGAAACGCUGCAUGAGUAUCACCAUCUUCAGCUGAACCCAUUUGUGCCUGGAGUUUAUUCUGGAGACCCGUAUGUGUUUGGAAUUGACCCGGUUUGGAAUAUUGCAUCAAACAAGCUGUCCUUUCUAAACUCCUUCAAGAUGAAGAUGUCCGUCAUAUUGGGAGUCAGUCAUAUGCUCUUUGGAGUCGCCCUGAGUUUGGUGAACUUUGUACAUUUCCGAAAAUUCCAGGACAUUUUCCUUCAGUUUGUUCCACAGCUGAUCUUCAUGCUGUCUCUCUUCGGAUACCUGAUCUUCCUCAUCCUCUAUAAAUGGUGCAUCACUCUACGCUCUGAAAUGGCUCCCAGCAUUCUGCUGCUCUUCAUCAACAUGAUGCUGUUUGAUUACCAGUCUGAACAUGUGCUUCUCUACAGAGGACAGAAAGGGGUUCAGAUCUUCUUGGUUUUGACGGCGGUGCUCAUGGUUCCUGUGCUGCUCCUGGUCAAACCCUUCCUCAUCUACAGGACCCGCAUGAAGACCAGACACCAGGUGUUCGGGAACAAUCUGAAUGAUCAGCAUGGAACAGAUACACGCUCUUCCUUCUCACAACAUCAGAAGGAUGAGAUGGUAAGUAUGGGUGACAUCUUUGUGUAUCAGGCCAUCCACACAAUCGAGUUCUGCCUGGGCUGCAUCUCCAACACGGCCUCGUAUCUUCGGCUCUGGGCGCUCAGUCUGGCUCAUGCAGGUUUGUCCUGUCGCAGUACUUGCACAGUGUUCGGGAACAAUCUGAAUGAUCAGCAUGGAACAGAUACACGCUCUUCCUUCUCACAACAUCAGAAGGAUGAGAUGGUGAGUAUGGGUGACAUCUUUGUGUAUCAGGCCAUCCACACAAUCGAGUUCUGCCUGGGCUGCAUCUCCAACACGGCCUCGUAUCUUCGGCUCUGGGCGCUCAGUCUGGCUCAUGCAGAGCUGUCGGAGGUGCUUUGGAGGAUGGUUCUCCAGGUGGGCCUGAAGAUCUCCUCUGGUAUGGGUUCACUCAUGCUGGUAGUGCUGUUUGCUGCUUUCGCUGUUCUCACCGUGACUGUUCUUCUGAUUAUGGAGGGCCUGUCUGCCUUUCUGCACGCUUUACGACUACACUGGGUUGAAUUUCAGAACAAGUUUUACGAGGGAUCCGGCUACAAGUUCACACCCUUGUCCUUUGACAGCCUGUUAAAAACACAGCAUUAAUAGUUUUUAUACGUGCUAUUCUUGUAGUUUUUAAAUGUAAAUAUAGUUUUGUGAAUGUAACAAAUGCAUAUUUCAAAUCAGGGGUCUUCAACAGGGAUCUCACAAGAAUUGUGUCAAAUGAAAUUCUGAAAAUUUGCAAGAUGUAGAGGAGUUUGUUUCUUCAUCAGAACAGAUUUGGAGAAAUGU